AUGCUACCAUUGGAGGGUCGCAGCAAGACCAUUGUCAUCGUCACCACCAUUUUCUUGGGGAUUUCCUUCAUUACGGUCUGCCUGCGAUGUUUUGUCCGACUCAAGCUUGUCAAGGCCUUUGGCUGGGAUGAUGCUUUGAUGGUUUUUGCGAUGUUCUUGAACAUUUUAUUUGCGCUAUGCGGGAUCACUGGCGCAUAUUAUGGAAUCGGCCAGAAGUUGGAGGAACUCUUGGAGCGCAAGACGAUGGAGACCGCCUUGUUUUGGUGGUGGCUUGGCCAAACUAGUUAUGUCUGGGUAUGCGCUAUCGCAAAGGUAUCGAUCGCUGUCGCUCUCCUCCGCCUAACUAUUGCUCGAAUUCAUGCGAUCAUUUUAUGGGCAGUCAUCGGGGUGACCACGAUUGUCGGUCUCGCCUUCUGGUUCAUGUUGACUCUUCAAUGCCAGCCAGUAUCCUUCUUCUGGCAGCAAGCUCGACUUUUGCCAGAUCCGACCGCGAACGUCCAUGGCCACUGCAUGAGCGUCGACAGCAUCAUCAUCGUCGCCUACGUCUACAGUGUCACCGCCACGUUGUGUGAUUUCAUUCUAGGAAUUCUUCCUGGGUUCCUUGUGUGGAAUCUCCAGAUGAACAUGAGGACCAAGGGCGCGCUGGCUGCUGUUUUGGGACUGGGUUGCAUUGCUAGCGCUGCGGUCAUCGUCCGUAUUCCUUAUCUUCAUGAUUACAAGAACCCUGAUUUCUUAUACGCCACCACCAACAUCUCAAUCUGGUCCAACGUCGAAGCCGGCCUGGGCAUCUCCGCGGGCAGUCUCGUUACACUCCGACCACUUUUCCGCUGGUUUCGUGAUCCCAGCUACGGGGGAACUCGGAGCAAGCGUACUGGCGGCAGCAUGCCGCUCUCCAGUGUGAACGCUGUCCGCUCGGAUCCCUCUGCGCCUCAGUAUUGGCGGCCGGAUCUGGAUCCGGAAGAUUCCCAUGCGGUUAUUACGACCGUCCAUACCUCAAAUCAAGGUAGUCGCUCAAGCAGUCAGGAAGAUCUUAAUCCGAAACAGGGUACAUUCUUUCGCGGUGUGAAUGUGCAGAAGACUUUCUUCGUCUCUGAGAGCGACGAAUAG